AAAACCCUUCGGUCUCUUAAAUUUAAUACACGGCGUCUUCGUCUUGUCCGAAUCGUACGUCAAUCCUCACACCACCAAACUCCUUUCUCCUCUUGCGUCCGUCUAGAUAGAGCUUGAUUUCGGUUCUUGAUUCCAGUCCGGUCCCCGAUGAGAUAGAGAGAGAGAGACGACGACGGUGCAAACAAAUCUGAGCGUUCGCCGUUUUUCGUCGACAUGCAGUUUUGAGGAUGGCACGUGUGACUCUCUGAAGAUAGAAAGAGGGGAGAGAUGGUUAGCCAGGCGAAGAGGGACACGAUGAGGGCACGCUUGAGCUGCCCUAUCUGCGACAGUAUACUCCUUGACGCCACCACUAUCUCCGAGUGCCUCCACACUUUUUGUAGGAAAUGCAUCUAUGAGAAAAUCACAGAGGAGGAGAUAGAAGGUUGUCCAGUAUGCAAUAUCGACCUUGGUGGCACCCCAUUGGACAAGUUGAGGCCUGACCACAAUUUGCAAGACCUGAGAGCCAAAAUAUUUCCUGUAAAAGGAAGAAAAGUGCCCGCAAGAAGGAAAGAGAGAUCUAUGUCUUCUUUGGUUGUAACCAAACGUAAGGUGUCAGACCAAGCUGGAAGAAGAAGAAGAAGAAGAACAAAAACAGUCACGAGAAAAGAGUUACGAGAGAGUACUGAAGAAGAAUCUCUUAAGGGUGAUCUUCUGGAGAGCACAAGCUCACCCGGCACUCUUGAUCAGAAUAAAAAGCAGGUGAACAAGGAUAGUGAUGAGCCUUGGGAUGACGAAUCGUAUUGGAAAACUUUGAAUUUUCUGGUCGAAGUGGCAAACAGGACAAAUACCUUGAAGCCUUCUGCUUUUUCUCAAGGUUCAGGUUCGAAACCUGAGGAGGCUAGUGCAUCUCACAAACAAGUCCAACCCAAAGUUAAGGAUCACAAGAGCAAAUGUAGUAGACGUGAGGAUGAAAAGAGUGAUCACACAACAUCAGAAACUAGUACUACUCCUAAAAGACUGCCUAGGACUCAGCGCAAAAGGCCUUCUUCCACCACCUCUGGUCCUGUUUGGUUCUCACUUGUAUCGUCGACUGAUCAGGAAGGAAAAACUUCUCUGCCUCAAAUUCCAGCUAAUUUUUUGAGAAUAAGGGAUGGAGAUAUUCCAGUUUCUUUUAUCCAGAAGUACCUAAUGAGGAAGCUAGAUCUACAGAGUGAAACUGAGGUAGAGAUCAGAUGUAUGGGAGAGGCGGUGACUCCAACGCUGAAGCUUCAGAAAUUGGUGGACCUAUGGUUGCGGAGAAGUUCAAAGCGCCAAAGGGUUGAUGCAUGGUCUGGUUCGUCUGCAAAGGAUUACAUGAUGGUGCUUGUCUAUGGUCGGAGUGCAACAACUAAAGGACUUACAUGACUCUUUCUGUAAGAAGAAGAUUCUGUGGAGACAUGGAGCUAAUAGUUUUCUUUCCUCUCUAAUGUAAAAAAAUCUUUUAGCAACUCUUUUUAUGACGACUAAACGGUUAAUCGGUAGAUGGCUAAUCCAGGAUUUAGAUAUAUAAUAUGCCUCGCAAACAAUGUUUUGUGAUGAUCUUUGAGAAACCAUGUUUUGUUUAGAUGCU